CAUUUGAAAUGAUGCAGUUGCUUUCAGAAGCUCAGAAAGGAUUGAUUGAAGAAUGGACACAGUCCAGUAAUUGUGGGAAUUUUGCUGUCCUGGUGGAUCUUCAUAUAUUGCCUCAAGAUUCAAACAAAGAUACCAGAUGGUUUUCUGAACAGAAGAAAGAGGAAGUCUGUUUACUUCUAAAAGAAACCAUUGAUUUAAGAGUUAAGGAGUACUUGGAAGAUCGUAAACACCACAGAGAAUCAAAUACAGAAUUCACAAGAUCCAGUCCAUUGACCUUAAAAGGUUAUUGGUUUCUUCUGACCUCAUUUUAUCUAAAGAGAAACUUGGCUCUGCAUUGUCAGAAAGCUACUGAAAAUUUAAAACUCCGUAUAUUCCCUGACAGACUGGUGGUCUGUGUAAAUCAGCUUGCGUUCAGUCAUGAUCUUUUGGCAAGUCAGAAUGAAGAACUGACGGAAAGAGCUCUCCGUGGAGUGUCUGAUUAUUUUGCUGAGCACGCAGAAAGUCUGCUUCCUCCCAGUGCAAAGCUGAAGAGAAGAGCUCUGAAAGAAAUUGUGAAGCAAACUGAAACAACCAGCAGCAUGGAGAAGAAGCCAUGGAGUGGCAGAAAUGCUGUGGGAACAUACAGUGACUCAGUGAUUACAGAGCUAGCAUGUAGGAGUUCGGACAGCCAGGCGCUAUCCAGUCCCUUGUCAGAGUCUACAGGACAAGCACAGGAUUACAUAAAGGCAGCUGAGAGACACUGGGGGCUUCCUGUUCAAAAACUGGAAAAUGUUCAUCAGCCCCAGCCAGAAGAUACUAGCAGCCAGCAAAAACCUCAUCCUGGGAAGCAUUUAGAGACAGAGCUUCUAAGCGGGAGCCCUGUCUGUAGCUAUGAGUCAGCAUCACCAGGUCCAAAACAAAGUCCACGAGUGGCCAGAAUGCAACAGAAAUGCAGGAACUGUGACUCUGUAGAAGACUGCAACCACCACAAGCAAAUGUCUCUUAGAAGUUAUUGAUUAAUCCCAAGAGAACUAAUAGUGGGAAAAAGCAAAGCUGUCAGGAUUUCACCAACUUUAGAGUUGUCAGAUCCGGGGUUACUUUUGAAAUGAGAUUUGGCAACAACCACAUCUAAUGAAGAGUUGCAUGUUUUGGAAAAUCUAUCCUCCAGACAUCUUAUGAAAAAUAAGCCAGAGCAGGCACAACAAACUGGCUCGGCCACAAACACUAAAAGUUUAUCUUCACUUCAGGGCAGCCCAACCAAGAAAAAAAACAAGUAUGAAAGAGGCCACUAACUUGUUUAAAAGGAUUGCAAAUGCACUGUUGAGAAUAUAAUAAGCAAGCCUGAGAAAACUGAGUCUUGUGCAUAGACACCAUGGUUUUAAAGGACUCAGAAAGAUUGUUUUAAAAAAAAAUCUAUAUCCAUAUUAGGGUAAAUUACUAAAUUGGUUUCCUCCAGAAACUUACUUGCCUGCUCUAACUACCUUGCUACUUACUUGUUAUACUUUUUAGCUGUCUCCAGAAGUGUAUUUUAAUGAUAAAUAUCCAUUCAGUUUGUUCAGAGAUGGCAUGAUCUAUGCAAGAACUGAGGGGCCUCUUUGGCCUGGCCCUGUGCAGCCUAUGCUAUAGGCCACCUCAAGAUGGUGCGCCAUGGUGAUGCAUUUCAGUUCUAGUGAUGCAGUGUGCCUGCUCCCCAGCCCCCAUCAAACUGAGUAGGGGAGCAGUGAAGGAACCAACUAAGGACUCUAAACAUUCUGACCUGGGACCAGCAUCACUGUCAAAAACUAUGUUGAAAUGCAGAUCUGUACUUCACCAGAUAUAUAUAUAUAUAUAUAUAUAUAUAUAUAGAGAGAGAGAGAGAGAGAGAGAGAGAGAGAGAGAGAGAGAGAGAGAGAGAGAGAGAGAGAGACAGAAACUCUGCAUCAUCUAAAACAUGCUCAGAUUAUGGACUCCUUGGAUAGAUUUGGAGACUCCCACGUAUUUAUUUUCUCCAGUCUGACCCAGCUCAUCAACUGGGCCCAGGUGUUAACAUAGCAGCAGGCCCUUGCACUCACUUAAAACUCCUGAAAUCAGUGUCUGGAUCAUUCCAUUUCUAGGUUCUGCAUUAUGGAAGCCACAGUACCAAAGGAGCAACUUGGAGCAAGUUACCAAAGGGUAACUUGGCUUAGCACUAGGCAACAAUAUGGGAGAUGCUUGGGUUUUUCUUCCUUUACAGGUGGUGUUUGUCAUUGCUCUGACCCUGAAUGUUGAUUUUUGUUUAGAUUCAGGAAGGAUCAGAACUCAAAGGGAACUCAGUGACCAGAGUUUCCAACUUCCCAUUUGGAAAACUUCGUGGGGAGCUUACAUUUCAGGAGGCUUUCUUUUAUUGUAUCAGUCACAAAUGUCACAUAGUGAAUCAUAGCAGUGACUUAUUUUGGAUGAACACCUACUAAAGACUUUAACCCAAUUUCAACCUAUUGUAGAGAAGAAACCAGGGACUGGGUGAUGAUACACCUGCUUGGGUGCACAUGUUAUAAAGUACAAGGACCUGGGUUUAAGCCCAUGGUCCCCACUUGCAGGGGGAAGCUUUGUGUGAGAGAAAGUAGUGUUAUAAAUGUCUCUCUGUUGCUCUCUAUCUCCCCCAUACCUCUUGAUUUCUGGCUGUCUCUAUUCCAGUAAAUAAAGAAAAUAAAAACAAACAAAAAAAAAACCAUAUUCAAAGUCCACCAGUGAACUACCUCUUCUUUUCUCCUCAAUAUUAGAUGGUCCCAAAUUAUAAGUAAAAAAUAGUCCCCAAAGGGUUGGAGUUAGCAGAAAAAUAAUUCAGAAAAAGGCCUACCCAACAAAAUAAAAGAGGAGGGAAACAGACACACUGUAGGAUCUUGCUUGAGAAUUAUUAAUGGUUUGACCUAGUUCACUAUGCCCUUUCCCAUGCCCUUUCCCCAGUUGUAUUGUAGGGUAAGAUUCAUUAAAACCUUAUUUCACAGUGGUCCAGGAGGUGGUACAGUGGAUAAAGCAUUGGACUCUCAAGCAUGAGGUCGUGAGUUCAUUCCCGGGCAGCUCAUGUACCGGAGUGAUUUCUGGUUCUUUCUUUCUCCUCCUAUCUUUCUCAUGAAUAAAUAAAAAAAUAGAAGUGAGGUUUUUUUUUU